AUGGUCACGCUGCACCAGUGUAUGUUCGGGCCCACGGACGACUGCGGGACCCUGGUCUGGAAGACCACGCGUAUGCUGGUGCCCAACGGCUCGUGCUUCUCUUGGUGGCUCGACCGCGCGUGCGACCGGGGCCACCAGCGCGCAGACGCGGUCGGGCGAGGCACCCUGCUCUCGCUGGCCAACGCAUGGCCAGACGACCUGUGCAAGACCUUGGUGAGCGCCGGCACGCGUGAACUGGCGCGGCGCGCCGACUUGAAGAAGCUGGGCGUCGGGGAGAACGUGGCGAAUGUCCCGAGCCAGCAGACCAUGCGCCUGGUGGCCGAUGAGUUCAAGUUGAGGAAGGACCUGAUUGACGUGCGCAUGCCGAGGCGGAGCGAGGCCAUCCCACCGCCUCGCGGAGCUGCGAGGCGCAUCUACGCGACGCGCACCGACAAGGGGGUGCUGGCCGACUUCUCCGAAGUGCUCGACGCGGAGGACAAGCUGGGCUGCGUUGCGGGCGGGAAGCUCGGCAGGCCUAACGCCGCGAGGACGGCUGACCUGAAGCUCUCAACGGAGUUCAACGAGGACGUGUUUCUCGACGAAACCGAAAAGAUCCUCUCAAAUAAGACACGGGUCAUGGUGAUCCUGGACGGCGUGUCGAGCUUCAGGGUCACCAUUCCUACUGCAGCAGUGCGGCCCAUCGCGGGCGCGGGGAGUCUUCGCUGUUUCUUGCAAUGGUGGCUCUCGUGGGCUUGCCCUCCGAAGGUGCUCCGCCGCGGCGCCGCGAAGGGCCACGUCGCGCGGCGGUUCGCGGAGAUCGGCGACAAGCACAACACGAUGAUGGGGCUGGUCCCGGCCGAGGCGCCUCAACUCAAAGGCAGAGUGGACCGGGCCGUCGACUUCUUCAAGGACCACUUCCAGCGCCUGAACAGCGACGUGCAACCUACCGGGAGCGACGACCCGUUUGCGUGGACUUCAGCGGCAAUGAUCACGUGCAACAACCGCAUCUGGCGGAACGGCUUCACGCUCUACCAGUACGCGUUGGGGCGAUCGCCCAACGCCCCAGCCGCGCUGAUCGAGGCGACGAGGGCGACCAGAGGUGAAACACGUGAAGUCGGGAGGCUUCUGGGCGAGCACGGCUGGCGCGACCUGGCCGUCGCGCAGGCGGCUGAAGGCCACGCGAGGUUGCACCUCAGCUACCGCGGGGUGCCGGCGCUCGCGACGCCCGAGCAGGCGCGGCACGCCUCUCGCGGCGAGGCAGAGAUGGUGGAGAACGAGGACCUCGCCAGGCAGCUGUCGCAAUGGCGCGGAGGGCCUGCCCUCCUGAAGGGCUUCGUGUGCGAGCGCGGGCCUGGGCAUGACGAGAGCAGCGGCCAGCCUGCCAGGCGCCGCAGGAAGGGCGACGCCGACUCGGACGGCGAGGGCGCCACGGGCGAUAUGCCGGCGGCCAAGACGCCGCGGGCCGAGGAGUCUCCACCGCCCCCCCCCCCAAGAGGUUCGAGGCCACUCUCAAGCGGGAGAAGCAGCCUGAGGAAAAGGAGACACCUGAACCUGGAGCGCUACCUAAAGCGCUACCACUACCUGGAGAUGGACACGGCGUGCAAGAUGUCAAGGCUGAAGAUUUACCUGGAGAUGGACGCAGCAUGCCAGACGUUGCAGCUGGCGACCCACCUGCGCCUGACGCAGCUGGGCAGGGGCGCGCGACGGACCUGGGCGCGGCCGCUGCGCCACGCGCUUCGCAUCCGCAGCCUGGGGAAGCUGGACGGCCAGAACCUGCGCCGUAUACUGGCCUUGAUAGACGUAUAUACAAGCGAUCUCUCCCCGACGGCUGCGAGGCAAAUCAACAGCGACUCCGAGUGCGUCGCGAGGCUCUCAAGCAGAGUCGUCUCCCGAGCGUGGAAGACGGCAUUCGAGGCGAGCGCCCUGGAGGAGCGGCGGAAGUGGAUUCAAUGCGACGCUGCGGGGUGGCCGAGCGAGGAGCUCGCGGGCGCCGAGAAGGCGGGCGUCCCACCCAUGAGGCAAGUCCACGCCGACAAGAAUGAGCCGACGAGGGGCAACCUCUCGCGCGAGCAGCACCCGUUGAAGACGAAGUCGCGGAACAUCGCCCUGGGCUACAAGGACGAGCAGCUGCUCGCGGGCGAGUUGCAGACGAACGCGCCGGCGCUCACGGACACGGCCACGGCGGCGAUGACCCAAGAUGAUGCCAUCCAACCAGGUUGGAGCCUCGAGCAAGGCGACGUCGACUUGGCAUUCCUGCAUUGGUGGAGGUGCCUCGACAGCUCCAGGCGCGUGUACUUUCGCGCCCCCACAGGCGGCGCGCCUGCGGUGCCGGAGCUGGGGCGGCCGUUCGUUCCGGAAGGGGCCAUCUUGAAAGCGAAGGAGGGCAUCUGCGGGCGGAGCGAGGCGCCUCCUCUGCUGUGGCACGAGGAGCAUCGCGACGCUAUCCAAUCGCUUCCCGGGGCUUCGAGGUCCAAAUUGCGCCCGGCCCUCUUCGUCUUCCGCGAUGGGGGGGGGGAGCGGAUCGGCCUGAUCGGGGCCCGCGUCGACGACGACCUCGUCGCGGGGUCGCCCGACUUCUCCGCGAACCAAGCAGCGAAGGUGGGCUUCCACCGCUGCGGGCGCCCCCUCGAGCAGAACGACAACGGCGCGAUCGCACGCAACCAAAACGAGUGCACGGAAGGCAUCGAGAGCACGCGCGCGUCGGCCGAGCGCCGGAAGACCAAAGGGGCAAAGGCCACGGCGGAGGAAAGGGCGAUGCUCCACAGCGGCAACGGUCAGAUCCAAUGGCUGGCCCGUGCUGCGCGGAUGGACCUGGCGUUCGGGCCGGCGGAGGGCCAGGCGAGGGCUCGCGACGGCGACCUGGAGAUGCAAGACCUCCUGGACUACAACAAGCUCAUGGGCGACGCCAAGACCGACCACGUGAACAUCACUUUCCCAGCGGUCGAGAGCGGCGACAUGCUGAGGCAACACCUGGUGGAGUUGCACCACGGGCUGGGCGACGGGACCCACGUGGACAACGUCGAGGAGAUCAAGAUGGCAGAGGCCACGGACUGCAAAUCGCUCUACGACCUGCUUCAGAAGCGAAGGGCGGUCCCGUCCGAGAAGCGGCUGCUAAUCGACAUAGAGUCGCUCGGGAACGACAUUGAGUUCAACAGCGUGGAAAGCACGUGGGUGAACACUAUGCAGAUGCUCGCCGACUGCCCUACUAAACAAGACGUCCGCGCUGGUGACUACAUGAGAUACGUGCUCCGGACGGGCGAGUGCCGCUUGACGGAGGACCCCUUGGAGGAGCAGAUGAUUUCUAGGCAACCGACGGAAGAGAAAGAUCGCAACGGCGAGUGCGAUCGCUCGAAAUACACUCGUCGCCGCCGGCCUGCUGAUCAACCGUUCGUGCGAGAAGGGUACACGUACUUCGAGGACUGCAUCGCAGACCUGAGGUGCAAUGCGCGCGUGGCUCGACCUGCUCCUAAACAUCAUCUCCGUUGGCGGAUGAUGCUGGGUCAGCACGAGGACGACAUCUACUGCGAGAAGCUCGACGACAUGGUUGACUGGCCUGGCCUGGACCAGGACAUUGAGCGCCAUGAGGGCGUGAAUGUCAUGUUGGAGGAGGGUGUGCUUGCGGAGUUGGGCGAAAAUGCGGAUCCAGACUGCACUGCAGACCUGGACGACGUAACAAAAAUCUACAUAAUGGGCGCCACAAGUGCAGAGACCGAGGAGAUCGGAGCAGGCGCCGCCGGCGCCGGUGCAACGCUGGUGGUGUGCGCGGUGCGCCGAAUGGUCGUGGACCAGUGCGAGUGCCAGCCGAGGACUCGCAAGAAGGCGAAUCACAACAUCCCCGUCCCCGACGACAACGGCGAAUGGGUCGAAGUGCCGGGUGGGCCCGAGCAGUCAGGAAGACCGACAUCUAAGAAGAAGGCGACACGGUUGCCCCUGGACAAGGCUCGCACGCUGCAUGAGCGCUUGAAGCAUGCAUCCUACAAGAAGGUGGAGCACGACCUUGGUGACGUGCUGGAGGACGAUAUCCUCGAGGCGUACCAGCUGGUGGUUGCGGGGCGCAGCAAGUGCCGUCGAGCGAGCCACGUCACGCAGGAGGUCCCGAAGGGCAAGGGCAACGAGAAGGGAAAAGGCAAGUCCCAGAGUGCGUGCGGCUUUGAUCCAGACAAGUGUAUACAUCCAGCGGACCAGCUGACGACGACUGGCACAAACCAAUACAAUGAGAAAGUGCGUUGCCGCCUCUGCGACGCGCUGCUCUUGGACCGGGACGCGGUGUGGUGGUCCGAGGAGAAGGAGUUCCGCGUUGAGGCGAAGGCUAUCCGCCUAGAGAGGCAGAAGCGGGAGCUCUGGAGCCGUUCGACAGCACCAACGCCCGGACGUUUCUCGAAAGGGCAGACCAGCACAGCAACCCAGUCGCUGAGGACAUAG